AUGGAUGGAUCUUUCAAGAACUUUCUUGAUCAUCUUGGAGUGUUUGGUGAAUGCGCAGCGACUGUAGACAUGAAGUUGCUGAGGAACAGGUACAAAAAGAUGAUGCUUCGGUGCCAUCCAGACAAGAUCGGCCCGGCGGGGAAUGAGAUCACCAAGUUUCUCACCGGCGAAAUGACUCGUCUUGAAACGUAUCGCAAAAAUCUCGCUGAUGUCCCCCCGUGGUUCUCCGGCACCUCCGGCUCUGCGAACAGCGGGUUUUGGAGUCAUGCAAAUGACACCGCUUCGCGGGCGGCAGGCUCUGGGAGGCGUGGACCGCAGCCGCCGUCUGCCGGCCCGAAGACAAGGCCUGCAUCUCGGAAUGAGCCCGGGCCUGCAUCUGAGACCGAGCGUCCGGGAUCUGACUGUCCGGAUGCGCCUCAUUGCCUUGGCUUCGAAAGGAAGCACGACAAGCUGACGGCAGAGCGAAAAGCCCAGUACAAAUUUCUUUACGCGGCCAGUGAGGGAUGCGUUCGCUGCAUGCAGCACUACGCCGGCCUCCCGAACUUCGAU